ACAUCACGCUUUGACCAUUAACAGGUCAUAAUAAUGUCUAAGGAUAGGAACUAGAUUACUAGAUUUCAGGAAUCCGUGUACUAUUUAUACAAAAGAAAAAAAAAAUCAGUUACCAAAGAAAAUAACGAACAAGAGAGUUUCUUAUUAAAAAAAAUAAUGAAGAACCUCUCUUGUUUAAUUCUUGUCUUAUUUUUGUUUGUCUCAAGUUCUCUCGCGGCCACACCGUCGAAUCCGCCUAUUUACCAAAGCUUUCUCCAAUGUUUUAGUAACCAAACAGGUACAACUCCAGACAAGCUAUGCGACGUCGUUUUGCCGCAAAGCAGUGCCAGCUUCGCCCCAACGCUACGUGCAUACAUCCGAAACGCGCGAUUCAACACUUCCACGUCUCCGAAACCGUUGAUCGUGAUCGCGGCGCGUUCCGAGUCGCACGUCCAAGCCACCGUCCUCUGCACCAAAUCUCUCAACUUCCAGCUCAAGACUCGCAGCGGCGGCCAUGACUACGACGGUGUUUCGUACAUAUCUAACCGCCCUUUCUUCGUUCUCGACAUGUCCAACCUCCGUAACAUCACCGUUGAUAUGUCCGACGAUGGCGGGUCCGCCUGGGUGGGAGCCGGCGCUACUCUCGGCGAGGUAUAUUACAAUAUUUGGCAGAAAAGCAAAACUCACGGCACUCACGGCUUUCCCGCCGGAGUUUGUCCCACCGUCGGCGUCGGAGGUCACAUCAGCGGCGGAGGAUACGGCAACAUGAUCAGAAAAUACGGACUUUCCGUUGACUACGUAACGGACGCCAAAAUCGUAGACGUGAAGGGACGGAUCCUCGAUCGGAAAUCGAUGGGAGAGGAUUUGUUUUGGGCGAUCGGAGGCGGAGGCGGUUCGAGCUUCGGCGUGAUCUUAUCGUUCAAGAUAAAACUGGUGCCGGUUCCUCCGAGGGUGACUGUUUUCAGGGUGGAGAAAACGCUAGAAGAAAAUGCACUUGACAUGGUCCACAAAUGGCAGUUUGUAGCUCCCAAGACCAGCCCGGAUCUGUUCAUGAGGCUAAUGAUGCAGCCCGUGACGCGUAACGGAACCCAGACGGUUCGAGCGUCGGUGGUGGCUCUGUUCUUGGGGAAACAGAGCGAUCUGUUGUCUCUGGUGAGCAAAGAAUUCCCGGAGCUUGGUCUCAAGACGGAGAACUGCACGGAGAUGACGUGGAUACAGUCGGUGAUGUGGUGGGCCAACAGCGAUAACGCGACGGCGAUAAAACCGGAGAUCCUGCUGGAUCGGGACCCGGAUUCGGCGUCUUUCUUGAAAAGGAAAUCGGAUUACGUGGAGACGGAGAUCAGCAAACAAGGGUUAGAGUUCCUGUUUAAGAAGUUGAUGGAGGCUGGGAAGCUGGGGCUCGUCUUCAAUCCAUACGGAGGGAGAAUGAGCCAAGUGGCCACGACCAAGACGCCCUUCCCUCACAGGAACAGGCUUUUCAAGGUCCAGCAUUCCAUAAACUGGAAAGAUGCGGGCACAGAGGCCGAUAGCAGUUUCAUGGCAAAGACGAGAAGCUUCUACAGCUACAUGGCUCCAUUCGUCACCAAGAACCCAAGACACACCUACCUCAACUACAGGGAUCUUGAUAUUGGGAUCAACACUCAUGGCCCAAACAGUUACAGAGAAGCCGAGGUUUACGGCAGGAAAUACUUCGGAGAGAAUUUUGAUCGGUUGGUCAAAGUCAAAACAGCCGUGGAUCCAGAAAACUUCUUCAGGGAUGAACAGAGCAUACCAACGAUGCCAUCCACGAUGUAGUCAGUUUGGAACACAGCAAGAGCAAGGGCAAC